ACCUCACACCCCACACAGCAGCAGAAGACAUGGAUUGAGACCCCUGCUCAAGGGCAAAAGGGGCACCAGGGGCAGGAGACUGUGGGGUGCGAAGUUCCAGAUUGUAUGUGACUCCUAGCUGGUCCCAAGAUGAUCUCAGCCCCGUUAAUAGCAAUGGGGGCAACCCUGGGGGUAGCUGCUGCCUUUUUUGCCUUCUGUGGCAGCAUAUGUGUGUGCAGCUGCUAUAAGAAGAAGAAGAAGAUGUCCUCAGACAGUGAAGGUGGCACCCCAGUGACCAUGGCAAGUGUUCUCCAACAAGGGCACCCGAUGAGCGUUUAUAAGUGUACGGAACCCGUUCAUCCUCAGGCAAAACUUAAUUUCCCUCAUAUCUACGGAUCCAGGCAGACGUCCCCGGAGAUCGUUAAUGAUAAAGAUUACGCUUUGAAGAUGAUAGAGAACGAUGAGCAGGCAAAGGAUGGAUCUCCUGAGAACAGGAGUGUGGAGACCACCUCUGGAGUCUCAGGUCUGGAUGACAAUCCGCCGGUUCCAGAAAACGAAGAUCUAGAAAAACCACCCAGUUUUCCCCACGUCCCCAAGAUGCGCUACUCACUCGGGUACGAGCGCCAGACCGAAGAACUGUGCGUCUCGUUCUUGGAAGCUGUGGGCUCCACACUUCCAGGAGAGGAAGACUCCGGAAGCCACUGCUACGUCCUGGGCACCCUGACCACCUGCCAUGGACAGACAGAGGCCCAGACAGCGCUGAUGAAAAGGUCUCCGCACACGGUGUGGGAAGAAGCGCUCCUUUUCCCGCUGAAGGUGGAGGACAGAGCCGAAGGGACGCUAACCCUAACCUUGCGGGUUUGUGACAGCUUCUCCAGGCAUCAGGUUGCCGGUGAAAUAACCUUGAGCCUGGCAAACGUUGGAAUUCCAUUUGGAACGGCGCGAUGGGUGGACCUCAAGGUCCCCGAAAAGGACGCCAAUUCCGCCGGGGAAGUGCUUCUGUCGGUGAGCUACCUACCAGCGGCAAAUCGUCUCAUCGUGGUGCUGAUCAAAGCCAGAAAUAUACAUUCAGAUCGAAGCAACGAUCUUCUCGGUAAAGAUCUUUCGGUGAAGGUCAGCCUCAGGCAUGGGUCAAAAAAGCUGAAGAAGAAACAGAGUAAACGAGCGAAACACAAAAUCAACCCCGUUUGGAAUGAGAUGAUAAUGUUCGAGGUGCCACCGGAGCUCCUCGGAGAGGUCAGCGUGGAUCUGGAGAUGAUUUAUUUGGAGCCCACUGGGCAGAAAACUCGAGCCAACGGUCCAAGCCAUAUACUGGGUACCUUUUCUUUGGGUUUAGACAGGACUGGAAUGGGAAAAAGCCAUUGGCAAGAAAUGAUGAGCAACCCUAGAAGACAAAUAGCCAUGUGGCACAAUUUGCAUCCGUGAUAGGCCACGGGUCACACGCGAUCACACGAGUAUCACCCAUGUUGUAGGUGCUAAUUCACAGGUGCCACCUUGCAGCAUCAUCAUAAGCCCCAUCGACUAGUAAAUCAGGUUAAUUUACAUGGUGUCUCAUUUAACGUCCAUAACCAAAGGCGACUCCUGUACACGGGAAUGUCACAAAGCCAUGGGCUUCACGUUUGAUGUACCCGUCGUGUAUCGUGACUUUAGAGGUGGUGUGACUCGUGCUUUUGUGAGAAACAUAAUGACCAAAUUUAACACAGAUGACAUCACCUUGACGAGUAGUCCUGGACUAUUCUCAGUUUCUAUGGUGACUGCUCCACAUUUAGAGUUUUGCCCCAGAUCUGCUUACAUAUUACCGAAUGGUCUCUAUCAAAGUCAAAGAGCUCACAUUAAAGACACAGGAGAAAGGGGCCGUGCGUGACAAGUUAGGGGUGCCAAGAAUCCUAAAAACAAAGGGUAUUUGACUCCUACUACCAAGGGCGUGCAAUGACUGCCAAACCUUCCCAACCAUAAGAUUUUCAUCUCCAGCUUCCAUCCAGUUGACUGCCAGUCCUGGAUAUGGAGAUAAAAGAUGCCUACUUAGUUCCAGAACCUUUGUAACCAUUCUUCCAACCCAUCAUUCUAGAGGGGAAGAGAAGCUUCCACGAUGUAACAAGUCUUCCUCAUUCUAAAAAAAAAAAGCCA